GUUAGAUUUGGUUCUAGAGCUAUGGUAACCCAUGCCGUCUUCGUAAGAACUUUUGCCGUGCCACGGAAAGGCAAGUCUCCGGAGGAGUUGUUGAUUGAGCUUACACUUACGUUGAUUUUGAUUCGACAGAACCCCUGUCGAGCACAAGGUAUGUUUAAAUGCAUGCUUAAAGCUUGUGCGGGGAUCGAGGGGUUGGUGUUGUUGUAUCGUGGGCGGAGAUGGAGCGGAGUAAAAACCGAUGGUGAUGUUUGGGUUCGAAUCAACAUGGACAGCCCUGCUCGAUGUCAAAUGCAGAGUAGUCGAGACAAUCCGAUAAAGCUACCAGCGCAAGUGUUGAGGCCUGGGAGAGGGCUGGCGUGCGAUCCCCUCUGUCGGGCACUAUCGAUCGGACGCCCGCGAUUGCCAACAUAUAUGAGAACUGUCAGCCUUCAAGCUAUUUCAGCUCCAUUUGCUCUUCUCGCAGUUUGACCAAAGACAGCCGCUACUAUGAAGAUUUGUCUUGCGUUCUUGAGCUUCUUGCUCUCGUCCACGGCUUUGCCAGGUCGGCGUCAAGACGCACCGUCCCUAUGCGACAAGUACACAACUGCGCUGCUGAAGGAUAACACAGCCGCCAACCAGCAGACUGUCCUGACGCUGAUCGUGAAUACGGCUGUCAUUGGCAACUAUACUUCCAUGCCAGGUUCACUCGUCAAAGUUGAUGGAAUCCUCGCUCCAGGCACGGGCGAGUAUGAAGGCGUGAAUCUUGCUCCAUACUUCAGUGGCGAAGGCCCAACCACCAACAGGGGCGGCGACCAAGGCGUUAUGGUCAACUUCCUCGAUGGAGGCGGUGCUGAUCCAUUGAAGAGCAACAUGCCUGCGAACGAUCCAAAUAGUAAUCAAGGCAUUCUGAUUUCCCACCUUUACUCUUACUUCGCCGUCCUGCUAGGAUGUUCUCAAUUUGGCAACACUGUCGCGCCAUAUGCAGGCAGAACAUCGAUGUACGAGGUACACAAGUUUAUGGAUCUCGAUAACCUUGCCGUUGGAUGGUUCAUCCAGCAGGUGGGACUGGCUGCUGCGAGCUUCGGAGUUACCGAUGAGGACGUCGCUACUGUUGGAAAAGCGCUUUCGGAUACGUUUGGCAAGAGAUGUAGUCCUCCGGCCAGCGUUCCGCCUAGUGCAGAGCCAAUGUUACAGGCAAUCUGCAUACAGUCGAAUUGUCCUUUAGCUGAUAUGCCGAUGUGCGAUGCGUACGGAGAAGGCUCUGCGGGCUCUGCAAGCCCAGCGGGAUAUGGCCAUGGCAGCAUGUGAAGUCGAAGCCCAGCUAUUGCAGUGACACGCCAUAUCUUCCAGUUGGAUUUGCUUCUGCUCUUGCUGAGAUCUUGAAGUAUCGUUUGUAGUGUCCGUAUGAAAUAGUCUGCUAUUUGGCGACUAAACUUGUCACCAAUGGUAACAAAGUCGGUAGUACGCUUCCGAUGGUAGAAGGUGAAGCUUUCUGCCG